UCCAUCAUAACUUUGCAUUCACUAACUCUUCAUUCAAAAAUUACAUGAAUUUUGUGGAGUUAACUGAUAUUUCUUAAUGCUACAAUCAACUAAAAGUAAGAUGGAGGCUCAGCUGCCUAUCGUGGCAAUCAUGCCUGCAACCCAUCCAUGGACGUGCCGUGUUACAGUUAUGGAGAAGCAAAAUGUGCGUACUGCCAAAACUUCUCCUAUGAAAUUCUUGCCAAUGAUCCUGAUGGACACUGCUGUAAGUUUCUUAUUUUUCCCCUCUUUUUCAGUAAUGUGAUUUUACAGUUAUGCAUUCUAACAGAUUUAUUGGCCUAUUCUGUACAGGGAAACAAGGUACAGGCCACUGCCUUCCAAGGUGACAUCGAAGGGAUAGAUCAGCGCCUUGUAUUACACUCAACAUACCUUAUCUCGAAUGCGUAUGUAAAGCGAAUUGCCAACAUUCGCUUUUGUGUUGACGCGGAGUACCCCUACGUUUGGUCUUUCACCCGCCGCACCUUGAUCCGAGAUGUUGCUGCCCAGGAAGGAGAAGACUUCCGCCAGUUAGCUGAGGUAGAUAUCACUGCUUUUACUGAUAUGUACGCUGCUUACAUACGUCAUGACCGUAUCAGUAAGCAUCUCUGCUUUGAGUAUAUAU